CGAAGACCAGUCUGUUGCAGGAGUUGGUGCAAAUUCUGGGAAAUCAGUUUGUAUGGCAGUGUAGAGAGAGAGAGAGAGAGAGAGGGAAGAGUUAAUGGAGGAAGAAGACGAGCGAGGGAAAGAGGAGGAAGGCCAACUUCACCGCCAAGGAGAGAAGAAGAGUGAGUUCGUUAUCAAGAUACCAUCCUACGAAGAAGUCCUCAACGCCUCUCAAUCCCAAUCACACCCUCCCCCCUCUCUCUUCAAGCCCUCUCAAUCCUUCUCCCAAGCAUUCAGUUUCAUCAAGUCCUCCCCCUUCUACUCGCCGCCUCCGCCGUCCUCCGCCUCUGCUCAAUCUCAAUCCUCCCACGCUUCUCAGCCCGCAGCGUCCUCCAGGCAAUCGGACCGAUCGGACCUUGCUUCCUCUUCUUCUUCGUCUGCUGCUGCCGCUUCCUCGUCGUUGGCUUCGCAAAUUGCUCAAAAUCGCAACGCCAUUCUCGUUAGCCAUAGACAGAAAGGAAAUCCCUUGCUAAAACAUAUAAGGAAUGUGAGAUGGGCAUUUGCGGAUAUUGUUUGUGACUACUUGUUGGGGCAGAGUGCAUGUGCUCUCUAUUUAAGUCUUCGGUAUCAUCUACUUCAUCCAGACUACCUAUAUUACCGAAUAAGGGAGUUGCAGAAGAACUUCAAGCUUCGUGUUGUUUUAUGUCAUGUUGAUGUUGAGGAUGUUGUUAAGCCUUUGCUUGAAGUUACAAAAACUGCCCUCCUUCAUGACUGCACCCUUUUAUGUGGCUGGAGCUUGGAGGAGUGUGGUCGGUACUUAGAGACCAUUAAAGUUUAUGAAAACAAGCCUGCCGACAUUAUUCAAGGUCAAACUGAUACAGAUUAUGUAUCUCGGCUAAAUCACGCUCUGACAACCGUGCGACAUGUUAACAAGACUGAUGUGGUCACUCUUGGCUCUACAUUUGGGUCACUUUCUCAUAUCAUGGAUGUAUCCAUGGAAGAUCUAGCUCGAUGCCCUGGCAUAGGAGAGCGCAAGGUAAAGCGCUUAUAUGAUACUUUCCAUGAACCAUUCAAGCGUGUAAUUCCCAAACAUGUUACCAUACCAGAAGUUUCUACACAGAACAAGGCUGAAUUAAGCUCAGUCAUUGAAGAAAAUGAAGAGAAAGAAGAGGAUGCAAGCAAGCGUAGGAAGAAAGAACCUGAAAUAACUAUCAAAUCAGCCCUUUCAGCUGCUUUUGCCAAGUAUUCAGAUAGAUUUGGGAAAAAGAACAAUCUAGAACAGAAGGUUGAAGAAUCCAGUAGUGCAUGUGGAAGCGAAGGCAAGAAUAGUAGUUCCAGUGAAGAGGCUGCUGGUUGAUCUAACCAACAAGUAAAAGCAGGCGAAAUAUGUUUGACCCUCCUGUUUCUUCGUUUAGAGGAAGAGAUUGGACAAUCGUAAAGCCAAAGUUCCUCUGUGUAUUGAUAAUGAAUGUACAAUUAUGUUCUAGGGUUUUAUCUCUCUCUUUCCUCUCCUGUCCAGUCAUGGCGGCUUUGAAGCUUCUAAAGGAUAUCUCCAGUUUUGGUAUCCUGUAAAUUACUUGUAGAACCUUCCCCCAUUUAGUUCCAGAAGAUCUCGUUUGAAAAUAUUUGGUUCUACUAGAUAUUUAUAAACUGGCGACAUUGCAAUUGA